CUCGCCGCCGCCGUUUCCAACGCUGGCGGUCUAGGCACAAUCGGCGGCCUAGGCUACACCCCCUCCCAACUCUCCGAAAUGCUCACAGAGCUCAAAUCCCUUCUCCGCUCACCCAACCUCCCCUUCGGCGUUGAUCUGGCCCUCCCCCAGGUUGGAGGUAAUGCGCGCGCGACGAACCACGAUUACACGCAUGGGCAGUUGGAUGAGUUGAUUGAGGUUGUUAUUGCGCAUGGGGCGAAUUUGUUUGUUUCCGCUGUUGGUGUUCCGCCCGAGCGGACAAUUAAGCGGUUACAUGAGGCGGGAAUUUUAGUGAUGAAUAUGGUUGGCGCACCGAAGCAUGCGGAGAAGGCAUUGAGAUUGGGGGUUGACAUGGUGUGUGCGCAGGGUGGGGAGGGGGGCGGGCAUACGGGGGAUAUACCAUUUUCUGUUCUUGUUCCUGCGGUUGUGGAUGUGGCGAGACGGUUUAAGAGUCCGUUGACUGGCGGGCCGGCGCUGGUUGUUGCUGCGGGGGGUGUUAAUGAUGGGAGGAGUUUGGCGGCGGCGUUGAUGUUGGGUGCUGCGGGGGUUUGGGUUGGGACGAGGUUUGUUGCGGCUGAGGAAAGUGGUGCUAGUCGAUUGCACAAGGAAGCUGUUGUGGGUGCGAGGUAUGGGGAUACCAAGCGGACGUUGGUUAUUUCGGGACGGCCGCUGCGGAUGCUGCCGAAUGAGUAUGUUAAGGAAUGGGAGAAACGGCCGGAUGAGAUUGCGCGGUUGACUGCUAAGGGCGUCGUUCCUAUUGAGCAUGACUUUGAGAACGACAAGGAGGUUGAAAUCCCGUUUUUGAUGGGCGAUGUCUCAGCCAUUAUCCAGGAAAUCAAACCGGCCGGUGUGAUUGUCCGAGAAAUGGUCCAGCAGGCUGUGGCCAUGUUGAGACAAGGUGGUUCAUAUAUCACCAGUGAACCAGCAAGUAAACUAUAGCUC